CUAUUAUCAGUUCUCGAAUUGAGAUCGACUUCUCAAGGCAAAGCAAGGCAAGAACAAGACAAAUACUUCUCGUUAUUCUGGUGUCUUUUUGUCUUUCGGUCUGCUAUUUGACCUGUUUGACCUAAACCUGAUUUUUGCUCUCGAGAUCGCUAGUUACUAUCUCUUCACAAAUUGGAGGUUUGCAUUCUGUUAAGAAAAUGCCGUAUUUUGUUAGUAAAUUUGUUGGACUAUUUGUGGUUUGCUAUAUUACUCUUUAUCUUCGCGGGUUGAAAGAAAAUAUAACUGAAUCGCCUACUAUUAACAUAGAUAGAUUGACAGCUGUGAAAGAUGUCAGCGAUAAAUUCCUUAGUGUAGCUUUAGACACAGAACUUAUUCGAAAUGGACAAAUAUAUUGUAUUAAAUUGUGUCUUUUCUCAGGUCAAGCUCAUUCCUUCAUAAAACAUCUUUACUAACCCCUGCAUUUUUGCGAAUUGGUGGAAACAGCGCUGACAGAUUAUUAUUCGAUGAACAUGGUUUGCAAAGCAAUAAAGUUUCAAUAUCUGAUUCACCAAAAUCAGACCAAGGCCUUUAUGAUGAAUGCAAAACUGAUACUGAUAAUUUUACAAUGUCAGGAAGUUUAUGGACAAGUAUUAAUACAUUUUCUGAAGCAUCUAAACUUCAGAUAGUAUUUGAUCUGAAUGUUCUGCUAAGGAACCAUGAGAAAUGGGAUUCUUCAAAUGCAUUAGAUCUCCUUCAAUUUUCAAGUCAUUUUGAUCACAAUAUUGUGUGGCAGUUGGGAAAUGAGCCCAAUUCUUUUCGACAUAAAUUUGGAACGUAUGUCUCUCCGACUCAACUUGGAAUCGAUUUUCAAGAGCUACGUUCACUUUUUAACCAAUUCUCCCAAUUCAAGAACUCUAUGAUCAUUGGUCCAGAUGUUACAAGACCCCAUCAUGUGGGAGAAGACGCUAUUCAUUAUUUGAGAGAUUUUCUUCUUUCUGUGGGUAACACAACAAUAAAUGCUGUUACAUGGCAUCAAUACUACCUGAAUGGGAGAGAUGCAACACUUCAGGAUUUUAUUAAUCCCAGCACACUAAACGUUUUGAAAGAACAGAUUCUGGCUGUGAAUGAAGUCGUGGAUAAACAUUUACCUGGGAUUCCAGUAUGGCUUUCUGAAACUGGCUCAGCAUAUGGUGGGGGAGCGCCUGGUUUGUCGAACACCUAUGUAGCUGGUUUUCUUUGGUUGGAUAAAUUAGGAACGGCUGCUAGACAUGGAAUUGACGUAGUUGUUCGUCAGUCAUUGUAUGGUGGUUCUUAUGCUUUAUUGGACACUCAAACGCUUGAACCUUUACCAGACUGGUGGUUAUCAAUAAUAUACAAGAAACUAGUGGGCACAACAGUAUUAGAUUUGGAACAAUUUGUAAGCAGCAAUGGAAAUUUACGAAUAUAUGCUCAUUGUUCUUCUAAAGAAGAAAUGUUUUCUAAAGGGAGUAUUGUCACUUUAUUUGCACUGAAUCUUUUGAAUGUUACAUCUCAUUUUAAAUUAAAAAGCAACAGGUCAUUAAACUCAGCUCACAUUUCAGCUUACAUUCUCACUGGAUGUAAAACUCUCACAUCAAGGUAUAUUUGUCUCAAUGAAGACCCUCUGAUGCUUAAAUCUGAUGAAUCCUUGCCGUAUUUCAAGCCCUUUAACCAAAGUCUGCAUUCACCCAUUUACAUGCCGCCUCAUUCACUAGGAUUUUGGACCCUCCAUGGAGUAAAUGUGGAAGCCUGCAUUGCUGAUAAAUAUAAUGUUGUGGUAACAUAGAAAUUAUUCAAAUAUUUUUCUUGUCCAUUUGAAAUUAUAUUUAAAAUGUAAGGCAAAUGAAACAAAUUUAUAAUAAUUGUUUAAUGCAAUUAAAUACUAUAAUUCAAACA